GAAUCUUUAGACAAUUGCACUGGAAAACAAGACACACUGAGGAAGAACGAAACUUUUUUGCUCUGUGAUCAGAAGGUAGGCUACAGUAAAAGUUAUUUCCAUAGACCCUGUGGAAUUAAAUUAAAAGGAUGCAAAAAUCCACUUGUUUACAUUUACACACAAAAAAGGGACCUCUUCCAGGAAAACAGACCAAAAUAUUGAUGAGUCAUCCAGCACUACAUGUUUUUGUCCAAUCAAAUGCUCUCUAGAAAGGGAAUGUUCCCUCCCACUAAAUUAUCUCGCUUCUCUUCACUAAUCAUGGUUCGUCGUUGUGUAUUUGGCUGUUCUAACGCACGGACAUUAUUUUGUUUCCCAACCACAAACUGGUUACGAAAGAAGUGGCUUGAGUUUAUACAUUUCGAAGAGGAGGCUAUUUGUGCCAGCUCCCGACUUUGUGACAGGCAUUUCUCAGAUGAAUUCUUCACCAAUUUAGGGAUGGUUACUGCAGGGAUAACGUGUUACCUUACAUUAGCAGACACUGCCGUUCCCACUCUGUACACUGUAGGCCCUUCCCCUCCCGCACGACCAAUGACACGAGAGGUGGGCUGCCAAUGUAAUGGUCCGGUUCUGAAGAGUGUGGCAGUCCAAGCAGUACUCACCCAAAAAAAGCCUAAACGGAGGAGUAAAGCAAUUCAAGUCAGACCUUUUGGGAGUACUAGUGCUAGUGUGUCCUGCUCCGAUGAGGACUUCCCAUUCAAAUCCGAAUCUUCAUUCACAUCAACACCAAUUAAAAGACCACGCAUGGAGGAUUCCUCAGAGGGGACAUCAUACAGCUCAGAGGAGCCAACAGAUGAUACUCACGUGCCUGAUAUCAUUCAGGAGGAAGACAUAAAACUUGAGCCCUGUGAUUCUUCGUACAUCGUCGUCACCAUCUGAAUCCUCCAUUUCGUCAUCUGCGGAGAACAGGAUCUGACCAGCACAAGAGGAAGAGUGCUAAACAAAGACAGUUCAACUAAUCAUCUUUUUUUUUUUUUAAACAAGCAGGUGAAGACAUUUUACCCUAAAAAGUGGAACACUUUUUGCAAAUCUGAAGUGUAAAAUUGUAACACUUAAUUUCUGAGUGAGCUGCUCAUCUCUUUACAAGAGAGAAAGAUGGACUACAGUCACAUGACAGAUGUCAAUGAAUAUAUAUUUGACACCUACAUUGUAUGUGGAUGGAAAUUCUACACUCAAGUGACUGUACUCACUGUCAAAGUUUCCUGUAAUGGUCAUGAAAAUGUACUAGGGGAAAAGGGGAAUGUCCCAUCUAGGACAGGAAGAGGGAUGUUUUUGAAGUUGGCACUGUAGGUCAGGGGAAACCCAAAAUAUGAAUGCUGCCAUUCAAAGAUGUUUGAGAAGCAGCAAAAGCGUCAGAUAUCAUGUUCAAACUUUGAUAGUUGAAAGUAUACAUUCCAUUAAUAAAAUAAUUUGUCAUAAGUUAUUUACUUAUGCAAAUAUGUAUUCUGUGGUUGAAACACAAAUCAUCUAAACUUCAAUAGAAAUGUGAUAGUUAAACUUUUGAAUGUGGCCCAGGUCAAAGUGAUUGAAUUCAAUUUAAACCAGAUCGUUUCGAAACGCUGGUGCUCAUGUCACAAAUUAUGCAAUUCAUUUAAUUAAAGUUUCAUUCAAUUAACA